CCGCCCGGCGCGCCCCACCCUUCCGUCUCGAGCUCGGCUCCAGCAGAGCCCCGCUACCUGACCGCAGGGCGCGCGCUCCGAGUCCUGCCAGCGCCCGUGUCCGCGCGCUCCGCCGAGGAGACCCGACGCAGCUGCAGAACCAGCUACAGUUGACAUAUACACACACACACAGAUCUCUUCACAUGGAAGUGUGACCUUUCGCUCGGAGCUACGUAGAGGAUUGUACUCAAGCAAAAAAAAAAAACGACAACAGCAUUUUUUUCGAGUUUCGACCCAGGACGUAAGAGGAGGAACAGUUAGCAGACGGCUUCUCGCUGCUUUCGAACACUGUCCGUGCUGACAUCUGCCGCUCUGUUUGAAAAGUUUUGCACUUGCUGAUCCACACCGCUCUCAUUCGAGUCUGCGGGAAGUCGGUCGGAAUGGCAGACACGGAGGCUGGGAGCCCGGCCGGGAGCGCCGUGGCGAGGCUGAGAGCGUACAUUCGGACCCGCAAAGGAACCAUUCUGGCGGCAGAAAUUUUCCUCGGCUUGAUCAUCCUGAUCUGCUACGCAGCCUCCAGGUACGGGGGCUACACCGCCGUGGCCAUCUGCGAGAUGGUCUUCGCCAUCAUCUUCUUCGUCAUCUUCAUGAUGGACCUGGACAAGCAGUUCACAGUCCUGCACUGGCCCUGGACCGAUUUCUUCCGGGCCGUCAUCGGCGCGGCGCUGUACCUCAUCACGUCGCUGAUCUGCGUCAUUAGCACAGGAGACGGCGCCCGCACCGCGGGGGGGGUUUUCGGACUGGUAGCAGGGAUCCUGUACUCCUACGACUCCUAUCUCAGCUUCCUGUCCCUGAGGGCGUCGCGGCAGCACACUGCGGCCUCCACCGGACCCGAGGAUGAGGCCUGAUCCGCGCCCUCGCUCCCGGAUGUCUCCGCGGGGAAGAGAGGCGGGCCGGGGGACAGGGAGCUGGAAGAAGAGCCAGGGUGGACGCGCGGCGCGGCGCGGGGGGGAGGGGGCGACGGUCAGUGGGCGGUACUGGCCAGGGAAGGGGGGUGGCCAGUGCCCAGCGCUCAGCGCUCAUCGCAGAGUGGUCAUGGCAGCAGGACUCUGCGUGUUGCAGAAACCAGGACGAGACGAGAGGAGUGUGGCUCAGGGCCAGCUCAAGAACUUCCUUCACUGCCACCCCUCUCUUCUCUCUCUCCUCUCUCCACCCCCUCUCCACCAGUCUCUCUCUCCUCUCUCUCCGUCUCAUCUCUAACUC